AUGCAUAUUGCCACUACUACCCUCAUCCUGAAACAGUACGACGAAUCAAGGGACCAAGGACGCAAGUGCUCCGUCACCAUACCUCUGUUUGAGGGUGUGCAAGACUCGAAUCCUUGGGAGACGUAUCAACCCAAUCAGGCAGCCCAUACGCGAACACUGCUGGUAGAUAGCACUCACAAGUACAACCACAUGACUCCGCUGAGGUCCUCCUUCCCCUGGACUGAUGCACCCCCUCCGCCCGUGAGUGUGUUCCGGCGGCUGUGCAAACGGUACUCGUUGCAAAUAGGCCUGGCUGAGGUGGUGUCGCUGCGUGUUAAGGAAGGCUAUGUGAUCACCAACAUCACCAAGGCCUCAGAGACCUCACCCAAGACCACGCAGAAUGCGAGUGAUUCGGGGAUUGACACGGACACCAAGAGCAAGACAGAGCCUCACCCCCCCAUCACGGUCGUGUGCUCGUUGGCAUGGAAACAGUUCUGCAACAUCGAAUACCACAUCACCGGACAACGGCCGCUGCACACCCACAGCUCGUCACAGAUCGACACUCCCACUGCCACAGCCCCCUCCACGGAUGGCAUAUACUCACAGACGAGCUUCAGCUCUCAUGCUGGUUCUGAGACGCCCAACACGGGCGCCCAUGUACCCACAAGUACAAGCACACCCACAAGCAGAAGCACAGGCACACACACAAGCACACGCACAGGCAUAGGUACAGAUGCGCAUACAUCUCCCGAUGCGUCUGAGCACUCACGAGAGAGCACGCAUGAGGAUAGUGUUGGGAACACGCAGGCGCGGGUUUCCAACGAUGGUCCCGUGGAAGGAUUGGGUAGCGAGGCACAGGCGACGGAGGAUAAGACAGUGGACCACCCCAACAGUAACACGCAUGCCUCGGAGAACACUUGUCACGGCUGUGAGUGUACAGUUUCAUAUGUUACAUAUAGGCACGCCACAGCAGCGGCGUCUGAGGAUGCUUCCUUUGAGUACGCUAUUGUACCCAUACCGUUAACGGCUUUCUAUCUCACAACGCGAUCCACGGCGGAAGUAGAAAUUGUCUUUUCUGCGAACAAAGAUAACAGCGACAGCAGCGCGUAUUUGCUAACCGAGGACAUUGGCGCCUCUCAUACUCCGGUCACUGGUGCGCGUGGCACCAACACGACCACGGCACAAUCGGAGAUCGAGAUAAACCAAGGGUUGGGACACAUAGAGGCGGGUUUCUUGGAGUACUGGCGAGCAGUGGUUGCCAUAGGAACGGCGUCGUGGGAGCGCUGGUUGGACUGUGACCGGCUGGCGAUGACGCUGAUACCGGAUCACACACCGAAUGUGGAUAGGUCUUAUGUGCACAAACUGAAUCUCAAGCUCACCUACAAAACGGCCACGGCUGUGGUGACCACAGUGGCGACUGAAUGGGCGUCCAUGGUGCUGAUAGAGGGCCACACCUAUGUACGGUUCAUUGAUAUCGAGGCUAUGACACGCGACGCAACAUGCCAAAGGGAGAAGGAUGAAGACAUUGCAUUGGUACGUACUUGUGGUUGUAUGAGGGGUUUGUAA